AUGGAUCCAAACGAGAAAUUUGAAACAGCUGAUAUUGGAUUUGUACUAUUGGCAACGGCUCAAGUUUUUCUUAUGGUGCCAGGCAUCGGAUAUUUUUAUAGUGGAAUGGCACGUAGUAAAAAUGCUUUAUCGCUGAUUUUAUUGUGUAUUCUAUCAACGGCUGUUGUAAAUUUUCAGUGGUGGUUUUGGGGUUAUAGUUUAACAUACAGCAUUACUGGAGGAAAUUUUAUUGGAAAUCUUGACAAUAUGUUCUAUCGUGGUGUGCUGGGUGGCAGAUUACAAGGAAACCCAGUUCCAGACUUAGUUUUCGCAAACUUUCAAUGCAUGUUUGCUGCUUUGACACCUGCUCUAGCAAUUGGGGCUGCAGCAGAACGUAAUCGUUUGUUACCAACGCUAAUAUUUAUCUUUAUUUGGACAACACUCGUGUACGAUGUUAUCGCUCAUUGGACGUGGGCCACUAAUGGAUGGGCAAACAAAAUCGGGAGUGUUGAUUUUGCAGGUGGCACGCCGGUACAUAUUGCAUCUGGUGCAGCUGCAUUAGCGUAUUCAAUGGUCCUUGGAAAACGAAAUGGUCAUGGCAUGGAAGAAUUCAGGCCACACAAUAUCUCUAGUAUUGCACUUGGUACAGUGUUCCUUUGGUUCGGAUGGUUUGGUUUCAAUGGUGGUUCGGCUUUGUCGGCAAAUCUACGAGCAGCCAAUGCAUUAUCCGUGACGAAUCUUGCGGCAGCGACUGGAGGAUUGAGUUGGAUGUUAUUGGAUUAUCGUCUGGAACGUAAAUUAUCUAUGCUCAGCUUCUGCUCAGGUGUAAUCUCUGGUUUAGUCACAAUUACACCUGCUGCAGGUUAUGUUAGUCCUGCGUCAGCUGUACUUUUUGGAUUUCUAGGCGGCGUUAUAUGCAAUAUGUCGGUCAAAUUAAAACAUUUUCUUGCGAUUGAUGAUGCUCUAGAUGUUUUCGCUGUGCAUGGUGUCGGGGGCCUGCUUGGAAAUGCGCUCACGGGAAUCUUCGGACAGAAAUCAAUUUCACAAUAUGAUGGUUCAACGGGUUUUAACGGAGGCUGGUUAGAUGGACAUUGGGCCCAAUUAGGUUAUCAAAUGGCAGGUUCAGUUGCGGGUCUUGUAUAUUCUUUUAGUGUCACCUAUUUUAUACUAUUUAUUUUAAAUAAAAUUCCCGGUCUUGCACUUCGUAUUGAUCCCGAAUCCGAGAAAAAGGGUCUUGAUGAAACAGAAAUGGGUGAAGUUGCAUUUUACCAUACUACCAGACUAGUAGCGACUAAUCCAAGAACCGGCGAAUUACGAGUAAUCCGCGAUUCAUCCAUGUUUCAUGAAAAUGAUAUACCAAUGGAAAGAAUUGAAAGACGAUAUUAA